AUGGCGCAGCCUCAUACUUCUGCAACAGACGUUAUGGCCAGCACCAGCAACAAGCGCGACUCCAUAGUCUCCGACUUGAAGAAGCCCAAAAGCCGUUCGGCUUUCCGGCGUAUUAUGCAUGCCCUAAAGCAAGCCACACCCUUCAAGGCACGGCGAAACCAUGCAGAUUCGUCGUCGGACAUCAAAAUGGAUCCAGAACUCCCUGUAGAAACAACAACAACACAUGUGCCUGAACCACCAACCGUCCCCGCCCCUGUCCAAGUGGCUGUUUCCGUCCCCAACUUCUCCAAACCUAGCAUUUCCGAAGGCGAUCUGCGCACUGCGUAUGUCCAAGCGCAAGACGUCAACAAGCACAUUGCACUCGAGCGGCCGGCCACCGCAUGCGACGCCCGCCCUCCAAAGCUGCCGACGGUUUCCGAGGUCACCGAGCCCGACGAAGGCCCCGAGGCAAGGCGUGCAGUCUCAGAGUAUCAGAAUAGUGUCCGGCGGUAUGCUGCCUCGCGACGGAGCGUGCAGAGUUCACGCAGCGCCACCAUGAUUACGCCGGAGCUGAUGCAGCAGCUUCAACGGACCAACAGGAGGCGCAGCGGCGCCAGUCUGCGUGAUGCUGCCAUGCGGCCAGGCACUUCGGGGACCUUGGACGGAGUGCCCGUUGCGAAAUUGGUUGUGGCGAAUCCGCUUCGGUGGUCGGAAGAGUAGUCUUUUCAAAGUCACCUACCUGAUGUUGGUGGAGUCUUAUUCCUUCUUC